AUGGAGCGAGCAAUUGAAUCCAAGGAAGAAGGGUUUGUCCCCGGGAGUUAUGAAAAGGCACAAAUGCGUUUUGCUCAUGCAGAAACUCUGGUUCCAUUUUCGUGUUUGCUGGGGCUCUUCCUGGAAGGAUCUGAAUUUGAGUUAAUACGAAGAUCCUUGCAGCUCCCUCCUAAGCCAUCACAAAAGAGAAACUGGCGGGGAAGCAUUUUGGCACCAUUUGCUGGAAAUAACAUAUUAGUCCUCUACAACUGCCCUGCUGUCAAGUCAAGCAAAUAUUUUGUACAUAUACUGCAUAAUGAACAUCCCGUUCCAUUACCGCAAGAAACUGCAGCACCUCAUCUAAAGCAUAAUUAUGAGACAUUGUGCAACAUACAGCAGAAACAACCGGAGAAAAAGCAUGUCCAAAAUUGGGGUCCGUGA